AUGCCUCCAGCUCGAGCAGCCAGCCGCAGGGUGGCCACCAACGAGAACGAUGAGAACAGUGCUGCCGUUACGACACGACUUACGAGAUCCAAGUCCCAGGCAUUCGGAGAGGAUGGUGGUCUCGGUGCUGCUAAGAAGCCACUUCAGUCAAAGAAAUCGGCCGUUAAUACACAACCGCUCCGCAAGCGUUCUGCACUAGGAGAUGUCAGCAAUGUCACGAAAGGCGAGGCUAUCGAUGGCAAGAGAGCCACGGUCAAGAGUGGACUCGUAUCAAAGGCUUCCCAGCCAACCGGUGUCCAGAAGAAUUCAUCGCGUACCACGUCGUCCAGGUCAACCACCAAUCUUAAAGAUGGCAACAAGAAGGCGGAGCUGAAACGUGUCGGGUCUGGCGUUUUACCUUCCCAGAAGCGAAAGGCUACUUCCAGUACUUCAAAUGCAAUCAAGGAGGAGACACCUGUUGAAGAGGAGCAGCCGUCAAGAAAAAAGAUCCACCUUGAAGCCCGAGAGAAUGCACGUGCCGAGGAUGUAAAAAAGGCACCACUUGAGGAACCUAUCGUCGGGGAUGAGGACUCUGUUAAGAGCAAGUUCGCAGAUGGUGUUGAGGACUUGGAUAAAGAAGACCUUGAUGAUCCGCUUAUGGUUGCUGAUUACGUUGUGGAGAUUUUCGAGUACUUGAAGAAGCUUGAGGUCUCGACUCUUCCCAACCCAGACUACAUGGACUCACAAGAAGACUUGGAGUGGAACAUGCGAGGAAUCCUUGUUGACUGGCUUAUUGAAGUGCACACGCGCUUUCAUCUCCUUCCCGAGACCCUCUUCCUGGCCGUCAACAUCAUUGACCGAUUCCUCUCAGCAAAGGUUGUCCAGCUUGACCGCCUCCAGUUGGUUGGUGUCACCGCCAUGUUCAUUGCCUCCAAAUAUGAGGAGGUUCUCUCCCCUCACGUCGCUAACUUCCGUCACGUUACCGAUAAUGGCUUCACCGAUGCAGAAAUCCUCAGCGCCGAGCGAUAUGUCCUCACAGCUCUCAACUAUGAUCUGAGUUACCCCAACCCAAUGAACUUCCUCCGCCGCAUCUCAAAAGCCGAUAACUAUGAUAUUCAAACCCGAACGCUCGGCAAAUAUCUCAUGGAGAUCAGCCUUCUUGAUCAUCGUUUCAUGAGCUAUCUCCCAAGCCACGUUGCUGCGGCGUCGAUGUACCUAGCUCGUCUGAUUCUCGAGCGAGGUGAAUGGGAUGCUACUUUGACUCAUUACUCUGGCUACGAUGAAGAGGAAAUUGAGCCUGUGUUUAAACUCAUGGUUGACUAUCUGGCUCGUCCUGUCGCUCAUGAAGCAUUCUUCAAGAAGUAUGCGAGCAAGAAGUUCCUCAAGGCUUCGAUUCUCACAAGACAAUGGGCCAAGAGACAUGCUGCGGAACUUGGUAUCGAUGCAUCCUUACCCCUUAAUUUGGCGGCGUGA